ACCUAACCUCACCGAUGCAUUGACGUUUGUUUAUGCGGAUUGUGCUUUAUUUUGGAGUCUCGAAGCAUUAGAAACAUUCAAUAGCCAGGAUGGCGGCUUUUGAAGAAAUGGCAGUCCUGCCUGAAUUGGCCAAGGCCGUGGAGGAUAUGGAUUGGAUGCUUCCAACCGACGUUCAAGCAGAAGCGAUUCCCUUGAUUUUGGGUGGCGGUGAUGUAUUAAUGGCUGCGGAAACCGGAAGUGGUAAAACGGGUGCCUUUUGUCUUCCAAUUAUACAAAUCGUAUGGGAAACUCUCAAAGAUUUGGAAGGCGGAAAAGGAUCUAAAUCUUCCGGAGAAUCACAAACAUCUCCCCAUUGGCUUCUCAGUAUGUUUGAUCGGGGUGCAGCAUUGGCUGUAACGCCCGAUGGAUUGCGCUGCCAAAGCCGUGAACCCCGCGAAUGGCAUGGCUGUCGAGCCAAUAAGGGUGUACACGGAAACGGAAAAUAUUAUUUUGAGGCCACUGUUACGGACGAAGGACUCUGUCGUGUCGGAUGGUCAACUGCUCAGGCUUCUAUGGAUUUGGGAACAGAUAAAUUUGGUUUCGGGUUUGGCGGAACUGGAAAAAAAUCGCACGCGAAGCAAUUCGACAACUACGGCGAAGCAUUUGGCAUGCACGACGUAAUUGGCUGUCUCUUAAAUUUAGAGAAGGGCGAGAUUCGGUUCAUGAAAAACGGUCUUGAUUUGGGAACAGCAUUUACACUAAAUUCCCAGCAAAAAUCAAUGACUUAUUAUCCGGCCGUUGUGCUGAAGAAUGCCGAAAUGUCCUUUAACUUUGGAGCCAUGCCGUUCAAGUAUCCACCACCGGCUGAUUUUAUUGCCUUGUCUGCUACGCCGAAAGAAUUCGUGAAAAAUAAUCCCGUCAGCAGUCAAAGCAAUCAAGGAGAUACUUCCAAACCCGUUAAUAAUGCUCCACAGGCUAUCAUUAUUGAACCCUCUCGGGAAUUAGCUGAGCAGACUUACAAUCAGAUUCAAAAAUUCAAGGGCCACAUAAAAGAUCCAAGUGUUCGAGAAUUGUUGGUCAUUGGUGGUGUGAAUAUCAAGGAGCAAAUUGCUGUUUUGAAUAAAGGUGUGGAUAUUGUAGUUGGCACUCCUGGUCGAUUGGAAGAUUUAAUUCAAGGAGGAUAUUUAUCUCUCACGCACUGCAGGUUUUUCGUUCUCGACGAAGCUGAUGGUCUCUUGAAACAAGGAUACAAAGAUUUGAUAGACAGGCUGCAUAAACAAAUACCAAAAAUUACAAGCGAUGGCAAAAGAUUGCAAAUGAUCGUUUGUUCUGCUACACUGCACGACUUCGAAGUGAAGAGGAUGGCGGAGCGUUUAAUGCAUUUUCCAACAUGGGUCGAUUUGAAAGGUGAGGAUGCUGUUCCCGAAACGGUUCACCAUGUUGUCGUAAUGGUUGAUCCUCAAAAGGACAGGUCUUGGGAAUCUUUAAGGCAGAAAGUUCAAACCGAUGGUGUCCAUGCGUAUGAUAAUGUCAGACCUGGAAGUAAUACGAUCGAAACCCUUUCGGAAGCUACGAAAUUACUAAAAGCUGAAUACUGUGUUCGAGCGAUCAGAGAACACAAAAUGGAUCGAGCGCUAAUUUUUUGUCGAACCAAGCUCGACUGUGACAACCUUGAGCGAUACCUGAAAUCUGCGGGAGGUAGAGAAUUUUCUUGUGUCUGUUUGCACGGAGACAGAAAGCCGCCAGAAAGAAAAGCGAAUUUGGAAAAGUUCAAAAGACAGGAAGUCAAAUUUUUGAUAUGUACUGAUGUCGCUGCGAGAGGUUUAGAUAUCACAGGCUUACCCUUUAUGAUCAACGUCACUCUCCCCGACGAAAAAUCCAAUUAUGUACAUCGAAUUGGAAGAGUAGGCAGAGCUGAAAGAAUGGGUUUAGCUAUUUCUCUCGUUAGUUCUGUGCCUGAAAAAGUAUGGUACCAUGGAGAAUGGUGUUCCACUCGCGGAAGAAAUUGCCAAAACACUAACUUGACUGAUCAAGGCGGUUGCUGUGUUUGGUAUCAGGAACCAAGAUACCUGGCUGAAAUUGAAGAUCACUUGAACAUAACCAUCCAGCAAGUGGGUCCCGAUAUAAAGGUACCAAUGAAUGCUUUCGACGGAAAGGUAACUUAUGGAGAGAAAAAGGCAAAUCUUGGAUCCAACUACCAAAAUCACGUACAACAAAUGGCACCAGCUGUAGCUGAAUUGUCUUCUUUAGAAUCUCAGGCCCAACUGUUGUACUUAAAAUGGCAUCUAGCUGCUGCAUAAUUAAUCAGCAAUUACAAACUAUAAUCCAUCACUUUUUCAAGAACCAUACACAAUUUUU